UAACAUUGAUAUAUUAAGUAUGUUAACAAGUAAUACACAAAUCAUUACAUUAUACAAGCGAAGCCAAACCAUGAAUUUGACUAAAAAUGAAGUGAGUUGCUAACUUGUAAGUAAAAUGGUUAAAUAAACAAUGAAUACUGGACUCCAUGGGAACUGAAUUUUAAAAUGACCGCUUGAAAUUUAUCAGUGAGUGUUUCGAGUUUGCUUGCUUCGGUUUUUCAAGAUGAAUUUUUGAAUUUUCAGAUAAGGAACGGCCACUUUUUGUCCCUUGUGGUCACUUUUUAGUCACUUGUUCUCCUUCUUUGACUCCUUUUGCGUCUUGUUGGUUUAAAGUUUGGCUUAUUUUUGACUCAUUUCUUCUUUGCUUUCAAACCUUUUUCAUUUAACGUUAAAUUUUUGUAAACUUGUUGAUAAAAAAGUUAAUUCAUCAUUUCUAUCAUGGCAAAUAGGAAAAUCGACGCUAUCCCAGAUAAAAUUACCUUAAAAGUAAAGCUCGCUCAGGAAGAUUACCACGAUCUGGUAAUAGAUAUGUCAGAUGAAAGUGGCCCAUUCAAAGGGAAACAAGUGAUUAAUCAGCUUUCAUCAAUUACACGAAUCCCUUUAUACUAUAUCAACUUGGUUUGGAUCCUUUAUACAGCGGAAGAUUCCGUUUUCAUGCUCAAUGUUAGAGAUCGACAGUCUAAUUCAAACACUGAUGAAUUGACCAAAGGCCGUUGUGCUGCAAAUUUUCAUAAUGGGGACUGUUUCGCUCUCGAAACACAGAUGCAUUAUUUACAGGAAGAAUUUAAGUUUAAUUUAAUUUUGUAUUGCCAUGGACUGUUUGACGAGUUUGAUUGUACUUUCGAAUAUUGUCGAUAUCACAAUACUAGACCGUUUUUAAAUAGACAAAUAUCAAUCGCCACUGACUCUGAGUUACUAAUGAUAGUACGAACCAGGAUGGAAGAGGCUAGAGGAGUGAUUAAUUAUUUCGAUCAAUUGAUGGAAAUUUUCAGCGAUUUAAGCAUCCGACACUUCACUUUCAAUUCAAUAACUAAGUUUUGCCGUUCUCGAAACCAUGCAGGACAAUCCGCUAUAGAUUUACCUCGCUAUACACGAGCUCGUGGCUAACUUUAAACUGGAAUUCACCAUCCGAACAUGUGGAAAAAUUCCGUUUCCUUGGUAAUGCUGCUUUUUGAGAGGGAUUGCUGUACGAUAAUCGUCUUACGACUCUUCUCCUCUUUUAUUUAUAACAAACAUACUUCAUUGAUUGAUGUAUUUAUUUAUUUUUUGAUAGACACAUUUUGAUAGUUAAUAAAGAAAUUUAA